AUGGCUACCGCAGCAAAAGCAUCUGCUACUCGUGAACGUCACGCCUCUACAUUAAAAAAGACAACUGACACAAUUGCAACUUUGACUUCUUCAGCUUGUCAGUCAACAUUGGCUGUGUAUUCCAGCCAGCUUGAUACAAAUUGGUCAUCUUACGUCGAUGCAUUUGACGAACAUGAAAAGGCAAUUGCCGGAAAAGAUGCCACUGAGCUCAAAACUAUCACCGAUGAGUACGCAACGCUACAUGCAGCAUUUGUGAAGGCUCGCAUUGCAUUGGGCAAACUUAUGUCUCCCGUUGCUGGUGCAAAUUCAAGCUUUCUCGACAUCACUGUGAACAAUGAUAGCGCUGGCCACAAAACAGCAAAAUUGCCAGUAUGUAAAUUGCCCACAUUUUCUGGCGAUCGAACUGCUUGGGUGGAGUUUAAAGCAACUGUUCGCACAAUGCUCACUGACCAAGUGGCUGAAAUUCAGCGAUUGCAAUGUUUGAAAGAGGCUCUUGUUGGUGAACCACGAGAAUUGAUUGCACAUGUGUUGCCAAGUGAUGGAGCAUUCAAUAGAGCAAUGAUGUUGUUAAAAAAAGAAUACGAAAAUGCUCGGGCAAUCGUCAAUGAAAGUUUACGUCGAUUGUUUGCUAUUGCACGAAAUGAACCGAACAAAGAAAACAUUGCGACUCUUCGUUCAAUUGUGAACACAGUUCGAAGUGUAACUACAACUCUCAUUGGUUGUGAUAUUGAUGUGACAACGUGGGAUUCCAUCCUUAUUUUCUACACAUCACAGCUGUUACAUCCAGCCACCGUCACUGCAUGGGAGGAGAGUUUGUCUGGCUCACGAACAAUUCCAGAGCUCACAACAUAUCUUGAUUUUUUGUCAACUCGCAUGUCGAUCUUGCAAACAACUGAUGCAUUUGGUAAAGGCAUUGAUUCUCGCAACAAACCAGCAUAUCAUCGUUCUAAUCAACCGAAAGAUAAAAGCGGUCCACGCAUGUUUUACACCCUCAAAUCUGAUUACAAGUGUGUCAUCUGCCAACGUAAUCACACCUCUACUCGUUGCGAUGAAAUGUUACGUAUGUCAGUUAAAGAACGUAGAGAAGCCAUUCUAAAGCAUGGGUUGUGCUUUAAUUGUUUGCAAUCACAUCAUUUUGACUCAUGCCCAUUUAAUGCCACUUGCAAAAAAUGUAAUGAACCACAUCAUACGUUGUUACAUCCGUACACCACUGCCAAAGCUCUCGUCACUCAGGAAGCUACGGUAGAAAGCGUGGAAGAACAACGUUAUGAUCCAAACGAUGACUUCGACGCAUUGUCAGCUGCCAGUUCGGCUCAUUUUUACCACACCAAUGAGAAAAGUGCUACAAUUUUAGCAACGGCGUUAGUACCUGUACGAUGGAAUGGGCGGUCGAUACUCUUGAACGCUUUGAUCGAUCAGGGUGCGACUACUAAUCUGAUUUCUGAACGUGCGUGUCAAAUGCUUCAGUUGCCAUUUACUCGAUCUAAUAUAUCGAUGACAGGUGUUGGGAAUGCUCCGGUUGGGCGUGUUAUUGGUCGUACAAUGAGCACAAUUGGUUCAUACCACAAUGAAGAUUACAGUAAAGAUAUUUCAGCAUUAAUUGUCAAACGUGUAGCCGACAUUUCACCUUUGAAUUGUGAUGAGCGAGUCAAAUGGUCAUAUCUCAACAAUUUACCAUUGGCAAACCCCAAUUUCACGCGUACACGAAGAGUUGACUUGUUGCUUGGCGCAGGAGUCUACGCUGAAAUUUUGAUGGGUCAAAUAAUCAAAGGUGGUCCAGACGAACCAAUUGCUCAACACACCAAACUGGGCUGGAUUGUGUUCGGUCGAGCCGAAGUUGAUAAUGAUUUUACCACUUUGUGUCAUGCUCUGCAACAAAAACGUGUUGAUAAUGAACCCGACGAUAAUUUGUCUCAACUGUUGAAAGCCUUUUGGGAAUUGGAAGAGAUUGAGCACGAAACACACCUCACGCCAGAUGAGCAAGCGGCUGAGGAUUUGUUUGUUGGUAGUUUGAAACGUGCUUCCGAUGGCAAAUUUAUCGUUGAUUUGCCAUUUAAAGUCGACUCAAAUUCGUUGUUUUUGGGUGAAUCACGUGAACAAGCAGAACGUCGUUUGCGUUUAUCGCAACGUCGAUUUAGCAAAAACCCUGAAGCUAAGCGAUUAUAUGAUCAAAACCUUGAUGAAUAUUUAAGUCUUGGUCACAUGAAAAAGGUUGAACAUCAUGAAGUGCCACGCUACUUUCUGCCUCAUCAUCCAGUUGUAAAAGAUUCCAGUAGUACUACGAAGGUACGUACUGUUUCCGAUGCAUCAGCGAAAACAACGAACGGACGUUCUUUAAACGACCUUCUGCUUGUCGGGCCUACAAUUCAGCCAGAAUUGUUUGAUUUGCUCAUGCAGUGGCGGCGUUUUAAAUAUGCUUUUUGCGGUGACAUUGAGAAAAUGUAUCGGCAAGUGUGGAUCAAUCCAGAACACGCCUUGUUUCAAUGCAUUUUAUGGGAAAAACCAGGCUCAAACCAAAUUGAAACAUACAAAUUGCUCACUGUCACGUUUGGAAUGGCUUGUGCUCCAUUCCAAGCAAUACGAAUACUUGCUGAAGUUGGCAUUCGAGCUCGAUUGUCUGAUCCAGAGCUUGGCAAUGCAAUUUGUCGGCAAUUCUACGUUGAUGAUUAUCUUGGUACGACGGAUUCAGUUGUUGGUGCUGUGCAUUUGCGCGUUCGUCUCUCCGAAGAACUUGCCAAAUAUGGUUUCAACCUUCGCAAAUGGAAAGCGAAUGAUGAACGCAUUUUGGAUGGCUUGCCUAAAUGCGAUAAAGAAGAAUCGUUGACUUCGAAACCACGUUCAAAACACUUGGCAUCGCAUGGCAGCCAAGCACAGACAAGUUUCAAUUCAAAUCAUCCACGCCCAAGCAAGCUGAAAAGUGGACCAAACGUUCAGUGCUGUCUGAAAUCGCCAAGCUUUACGAUCCGUUGGGUUGGCUUUCACCUUGCGUGGCCAAGGCCAAAAUGCUCAUGCAAGAUAUUUGGAAGCUUCCAAAAUCAUUCGAUUGGGACACGCCUAUACCACAGCACAUUGUUGUAA